AUAUAGGUUUGGGUUAAUCCAAGAUCCUAGUGAAACGCAAGUCGGUGUGGUUGGAGCACUCCCGUCUUCGAUUUUUUUUCCGUACCGCACAAAAAAAAAUGAAGAUCAAGUCGAUAUUAAUAUUGGGCUUGGUGGUGCUUAUAUCGGUGUGUUCCGCAAGGCCCGCGGAAGCCGACUACGACUACGCCGAAGAAGCCCCACCUCCACCACCGAAGAAGGUGCCCGCGAGAGGCCCAUUGACGGGAAGACGAAAUCCCUUAGCUGGGAAGAACAACAAAGCCACUUCCACCACUACUACGACCGCCGCACCCAAAGAAGAGGAAGAACCUGUCGAGGAAGAAUACGAAGAUGAAGCUCAGCCGGUUGAAACUAGUUCGACAACAGAGGUAAACAAAAAGCUUAUCAAAAACGGGGUUGUCAGACCCUUUAGGAGCAACGACGAUUUAUUAGCGACCUUAAAGAAGAGGAGGGAGCAAGUAGUCCACAACAAGCAGGUGAAACCAGCAGCGACGGUAGAAAGGGAAGAGGCAGCUUCAGAACCAGUCCAAAAAGAAUCGAAACCUGCUGCUUCGUCUUCGGGGCGUAGGAAUAGAUUUAACAAAGGUAAGAGUGCGAAAAGCGAAGUCGAAGAACCGAGUUCAACGGCGGCACCCGCCAGAACAGGAAGAAGAUUUUCGGCGAGAAGUUAGGCCCUGUAUAGAUAGGUUACUACGUUUAAAAAAAUUGAAGGCGGUCUUAGUGAAGAUAUUAGUGACGAACGGACUGAUAUGAUAAUCAUUAACUUUUAUUUUCAAAGCCAUAUUAUUUGUUCUAACGGUUGUACGCUGUGUCCCAUUUUUGAUUUGAUUUUACGGCGCACCUUACUUAUUAAUAAAGUCAGCUUGUUGCGGCUUUCCUGAGCCAAAGCUGUUUUUUUAUGAAAUGAAACGAAGGAUUUGGAAAAUUUUGCAUUUCGAGACAGCCUUCCCUAGCUUUUUAAAAAGCCUAAUUGAAUUAUUAAAAGGCAUAUAGAGACAAAAAAGUUUAGUUAUAUAUCAAAAUUUGUGAGUUUAAUAAGAAAUUUGACUGUGCCACUGGAUGCUACCAAAAAAAAACUAGACCGCUAGCUUUAUUAGGGAUGAAAUUGCUGCCCUGCUUCGUUUAAGGAUGCGACUGUCACAACAAAAAAACCAAAACAAGUAAUUUAUUUACAUCUAGAAAUUUUUGCUGUCUCCCAAUAUUGCGUAAACAAGUCUGUUUGUAAUAAUUUGAUAUUUUUCACAUAAUUUAUCGUCCUACAAGGGAGCGAAUUUCUUCAGAGAAGAUAAACUAACCAAUGAAAAAUAAGCCUCCGAGAAUCUGUUUUGUAUUUAUUUUUUGUUGACAUUAAAAAAUGUUAGAACAACUAUAACAACUAUAACGAUAUCGUUUUAUAUGUAGUCGUUAUAUUUAAUUUAAAAAAAAUACAUGUAAUAUAAAAGAUUGAUAUAAUUUAAUUAAAAUAAAUAAUUAAAAUUAAUUAAAAUAAUUAAAUUAAAUUAAUUAAUCAGUAACAUUAAGUAAAGUACUAUUCGCUAAACCCAAUGUAACAAGAUUUUGAAUUUUUCUGUACUAUCAAUGUUUACGAUUUAUAUAAACCUUUCAAACGAAGCAUAGCAGUACCUCGGUUCCAAUUUUUGUAAAUAUGUGUAGAACAAAAUGUGAUGGUGGUUACUCUUUAUAUUCCGGAAUUUUUUUGAAGCGUGCAAAUAAUAAAGUGCUUUGAUUCGGACUGUGGUCUGACAAUCUUUGAACUCUUUAACGAGUGGGCCCUCAUCUUUUAAUAUUCAAGCAGAUCUUUUUGCAAAAGUUAUUUCCACUGAUGAUAAUAAAAAUUUUUGGAAUGUGA